GAGAAGCGGCAGUCUCUCAGCCGGGUGUUACGUUCAGGUGCGCUUCACCCUCAGAGGUGAAAACUCCUGAAGUCAGUGAAAUGGAUUAUAUCUGACUAACGGGUGUGUAAAAUAUGUAGAAGCACCGGUGCAGCGUUGGAGAAAAGGCCGAUUAAAGUGAAAGUAAAGACUUAACGAUUUCUAAUGACUUUCACCUUUCUCGCACCCUCCUCAUUCUCCCCAUGUUGUCAAUUUUUCGGUUUCAAAUGCCACUUUUUUCAUCCCGUCUUCCCCAUCUAUGGCUCCUAGGUUGGAGCUCCUAAUCUUUCUGUCCAUGAACUAACCAAUCCCUCACACCACUCACUACUUCUUCUUCUUCUUUCUUCGUUCUCUUCAGCUAUCCCCUGUCUUCCUCUCCUCUCCUGUCAUGUCCAUGAGGAACCCACCCCAGCGCCGGCGCUCUCUGGGUCCUGUCUCGCCCAAACGCAUCUACAGAAACCUGUCCGUCAGACUGAGGGGAGGAGAUUCAUCUGUUGCUUCGGAAAUGGACGCACCCAAACACCUCAGCAAGUCUGCAGAUGCUUACAAGACCCUGUGGGAAGCAGUGGAAAAUGAGGACACUUUGGCCGUGCAAAGCCUGCUGUCCAGAGACCAUACCAACUGUGGAGGAGGAGGAGGAGGAGGAAGCAUGUGGGAGCGAGGGGAGAAGAAGGAGAAGGACUGGGAGCGAGAAAGGGAGAAGGGGGUGAACAGGGUGAGCGAGCAGGGCCUGGUCCCCCUGGAUGUGGCUGCCCUUACCCACAAUUCCCCCCUGCUCCAUGUGUUGACAAAGGCGGGAGCACGACAUAACCCUGUUUUGUGCCGACCUGCAGAGUGGGCGCUGAAGCUGGAUGCUCUGGUGGCACUGGCGAGCAAACGGGUGGAGGAGAGGAAGAAGGAGUUAUUGAGGAAGGCAGGGGCAGGACCUCAGGCGCAGGCUGAUGUCCAGAGACACAUCCGCCUCUGGAGCCUCAGGCUGCAACUGUACUGCCGGAUGAGACAGAACUUCCAAAAGACAGAGUUGCCUGGACCUCCCAGUCAUGUGUCCAUACUGGUGACCAGCACAUCCUCUCUGUUUGUGGCGAUUAAGGAGCCAGAGGGCGACACCAUGGGGCUCAUUACCCGCUACAGGGUGGAAUGGAGCACCUCAGCCAGCUUCAAACGCAUCCUUGGCUCAGCCCAAGUCACAGAGACCAAGAACCCAUCCUAUGUUAUCAAGGGGCUCACAGCAGGAGCGCAUUACUUUGUAAGAGUGAGUGCCUACAAUGUGAAAGGAUGGGGCCCGCCUCAGUGCUCCACGCCAGUCAGCGCUGCCCCCUCCAGUUGGAGAGAGUGCAGCGGAGUGAAGUCACAGUUCAGGAAUCACGAGGGCCUUGUGAGGAAACUGCUGGAAGAUGCCAGAGAACCACAUUACAGAGGAUUCUGUAUAGAGAACUCUAAGCCCCAGAGUCCCAGCAAGCGUCUGUCUGUGUCCCGAGGCAUCAAACAACUGUUCCAGUCCGCCACCAAGUUUGUUCGUCUCCUACAGAGGGGCGUGUACUUGGCAACUGUGUUCUACCACAAGGAAAACAUCCUGGUGACAGCUGAAGAUCAAAUCCCACUGGUGGAGAUCCAGUGCUGCUCCACCUCUAUCACCCACGACUUUCUUUGGUUUGCCAAGUUGUCCUGUGCAUGGCAACAAGUGCCCUGGCUCCAGCAGGCCCUGUCCUCGGCUCAUUCAUCUCCGUCGUCUCUCCUCCAGAACAGGCACAACAUUUUAAGAGCCGUCUCCCAGCUGCAGUCUUCCCUGGGAACAGUGGACCUGGGCCAGGUGUACUAUGAACCUCUGAAAGACAGGCAGGGCAAUGUCUUGCUGGUGACUUUGAAGGAGUUCCCAAACCCUCCCAGCCCCCCUGACCCUCCACUCCACUGGAUGCCUCUGGCCCGCCUUGAAAAGAACCGCAGCAGAACGCCUUUGCUGCCCGAGCCCACUGCCAUGGACAUGCUCUAUGAGCAGCUCAAGGAGAAACUAUCUCUCCACAGGCACAGCAUUCAGUGGGCCCAGCCUGGUCUGUACGUGGGCAUCCUGAAACUGUGCAGCUCAGUGGAACAGAUCAGAGUCCUGGUGCCCCAGAGGCUGCCCAAUCUGCUCUGCCACACACGGGUCCGACACAACGCCCACGUGACCAGAGAGGAGUGGGCAUGGCUUCAAAGUCAUGUUUACACCACAGCCAAUGACAGCGUUCCGAACCUGUUGAGCAGCGAGGACGAGAGCGUGAUGGAGAGCAGCGGGCUGGUGGAGUUCGUCAGGUCUCUGAGAGCAGCGGUCACACAUCUCCUGACGAAGCUCAACAUCCCCCUCUACAGGGCGUAUCAGUAUGGUGUGUACACCCGGGAGCUGCUGCAGUUUGGAGACAAGGUGUCCAUGGUGCUGCUGCUGCCUCCCAGUGAGGACUUCAGCUCCAGCUACUGGCCUCUGGUGGGGACCAAGGAGCCUGGGCUCACCAUGCCCCUGCAGAUCUUUGAGCUGGUUCACUUCUGGACGUAUGAACGGGACUUCCUGUCCCAGUACUGCCAGGCCUGGGUGAGGCUGGAGCUGGACACUCAUCUGGCCCAGCAGGCUCUGCGGGAGGCUCUGGACACCAAGGAGGUGCAGGAGGCCCGAGAGCGCCUGAACCACAUCACAGAGCUUUCCCAGCGUCUGGAUGUGGUGUGGAGGGAUGCCCGCUGGAUCAUGGACUGUCUGCAGUGCGUUCGGUCCAAGCAGUGGGUUGGGGCUGUGCCUCUAGGCCUGGUGAUGGGAGGAGACCCGCCGCCACGUCCCGAUGGCGAGGAGGAGGAGAGUAGUUUGACCGCCAGACUGACGUGGCCCCAUCGGAUACAGGCACAGAGAGCCAUUGCAGAGUGUUUAGUCACCGCAAAUCCACCAGAUGUCAUCUCUGCCGAGAUCUCCGCUCCGUCAGGAAUCAUGGCUGUCCCUGAGGAGGCCACACUGUUAUUGGAGGGUGUCGCGAAGGGAGGAUACCCUGUAGACAUCACCGCCCAAUCAACUCUUGACUUGACAAGCCUUGGCCAGUCAGAAUUAGGAUGUGCAAGCGCUUUAAUCGAAGCUGGAUUGGAGCCUGGUGCUGUCGCACAGCUUGAAGGAGGAUACACAGGUUUGGACACACAGGAGUCCUACAGCAGUGAGCAGGACUUUCCUUCCAGCAUCACUGAGGUAAUCCGGCCGAUGGAGAUGGCAGAGUUGGUGGACAUCUUGCCCACGCUGAGUCUUAUCGAGGAGGAGACCCCCAGUGGCCCGUCCACACCAUCAGUAAUGGAUAUGCUGGAGAGCUUCGGACUGGGGAUUGGUGAAAGCAACACCUUCUUUGAUUUAGAGCAUUCAAACUUGAUCAACGGAGCGGAGUCUCUGUCACAGCCCAACCUGCACUAUAGCAGCAGCAGCAGUGUGAGGGAGACACAGUGUGAAAUUACAGACACGUCGGCCUCUCAUGCAGCGUUGAAUGCCACAGCUGGUGACGUGCCCGUUACCAGCUGGGAUUUUCCUCCAGAGAUUACAGAGACUUCGCAGGUUCCCAUCAAGGGAGCGUGUCUUCCACUGAGAAACCAGGUGGAGUGGGACAAACCAGCUAACAGUUCAUCCUGAUAUCGACUCAAACACCAGCCUACUUUUGAAAACCAAAUUAUAGGGUUUCAGCACAGACAGAAAAUCCUAGUUAGACUUUUUGGGUUUGGAAAUGACUAUUUUUCCAGUGUCAAACUGCCCAACAUUAAUAUAUUAAUGUUAAUAUUAAAGUAGUACUUCACCCUCCCCCAAUUACCAUUUGUAUAUCAACUACUCACCCUGUGUUAACUUGAAUUCAUGAAGAAACCUUUAUUUUUCUCACACGCCCCCAGUGAACGUAGAAUCCAAAAACGGUGAAAAUUCUUGAUGAUUUGGAGGAAAAGUCCCUGUUUAACAGCAAAACUUUAUCAAAACGUCUGUUUGAAAACUGUCACUCUCAUUUAUCCAUUCAAUAAAUGUACUUCCUAGUCAGAUGCAUUUUGCUUAAACCUUAAUGUUUAAAACUAAACAGAAAGUAAAACAUAUCUAUGCCCCUUCAAGGCCAGAGUCUAUUGACAAAGGAACACUUGAGUCAAAUAAAACUUUUAUUUCCGUUUGCAGAAUUAUAUUUGGCGGUAUGACUCUGUUCUGAGGCCUCUCUGCCUGUCCUUUGGCCUACACAGAAAGCCUUUUCCACACACAUAUUUGGAAAGCUUAAGGUGGAAAUUGCACACCUCUCCACCCUUCUGCAUGCCUACGUGGAAAGCCUAAGGCAGAGAGAGCACGCCUGUCUGCCCUUCCACGUGCAAAUGAGGAAAGCCUGAGGCAGAGAUAGCACACCUCCCUGCCCUUCCAUGCGCCUACAUGGAAAGCCUAAGGCAGGGAGAGCAGCAGCAAAGACCCCCCAGGAACAGAACAGAGCAGCAUCAAUGACAAACAGAAAUGACACUGAUAAGUCAGACACAGCAUGAAAAGGAGGAGCUGGGGUGGAGGCGGGUUGCAAAGUGACUUGCAGAGGAAGCAGCAACAGUAGGCAGGCCAGAGCAGUUUAAAUAGGGCGCCCUGAAUGAGAUGAGGAAUCAUGUGAUCUAUCAGCUGACUCCCUUCCAUCAAUCAGCUGCUCCAUCAGUUGAUUGGACUGUUUGAGAUCAGCUGAUUGAGCUGGGAUGUGAGCUGGGUUUCACAUCAUGUCCUGCCCGAACUAACACUAUGCUCAGUUUUGGGUUUUAAAGGGUUAGUUCACCACAAACAAACUAACUGAUAGGCGCAGUAGUAGACCAGCUGCUCCUGUGUUCAGAGAGGUAAAAUUGCGUUUUUUGUGAGGUUGAGAGCGCAGAUAAGUUUCACUCUCAGUUCAGUUUUAAAUGCAUGUCAUAAGGAAAUACUGAUCAUAUGACUGGAUAUACGAGACUAGAGAUUAUACUGUGCAAGUUGUGUGAGAGUUUGUAAACAGACAUCUUGAUAUUGUUUUUCUGUUAUUAAACGUGGACCCUUUUUACCUCAAUUCAUUAAUAAUUUUCUGGAAGAAAUAUUGGGAUUCUUUGUUUGCCAAAGGAAUGGGGGGAAAAAAGUGUUCACCACCAUUUUAAUGUUAACACAGGGUAAUUGAUAUACAAAAGAUCAUUUGGUGGGUGAAGUAUCCCUUUAACUGCUGUGAGGGAAAAUUCAAGUGACAUCUACAACUUCAUCUAACACAUGAUUUAUGUCAUUUGCACAUUUCUGGGCCUGUAGUUUCUUUUUUAAUGUUCAGUCCAUUACAGCUUGUUGUGUGAAAAACCCUAAGCUACUGUAGCAGUUUUUUAUCACUUAUGCCUUCAUCACUCACUACAGCACAAAGCAGCAUUGCUGCUUGAUGGAGCUAGUAAUCAAACUCAUGAAAUGCAUACAACUCAAUAAAAUGGAAGUGUUUGCUUCACAGUCCAUAAAAAGCUGUUAUACUGUAUGUGUAAUUGAAUUGUUUGUUUUUGGUUUACCUGUAUGCACCUUCGUCAACAAUAUCGAUAUCCAAGUUUUGCUUUGGCUGAAACUUGGAUAUCUAAUAAAAGGAAUGAAGAUUCAGACAAGGAAAGUCUAAAGACAAAAUGUGGGUGCUGCAAGAAAACCAAACCUAAGAUGUCAAUUUUAGGUUGUGAGAAGGACGUAGAGGAUGAUUUCUUUUUCAGUUUCUUCAGUCCUUCACUACAAAGACGUAUUAAAAAAUCACAUCUUUAAAGUUUCCGUUAUUUGCUUGCAUUUGUCUACUAUGUAGCAUGUACAUAACACAAAACAACAAAUGUUUUAUAGGUCUCAAUAUGUUAAGGAACAUGCAAGCCAGUCAUGUCAGUUCUUUGUUUGCUUUGAAGGAGAUUUGGCCUCAUUGCAUCUGUAUUUGCUUUCUUUAUCUCAUUCUGCUUAGCAUCCAGUCAGCUAGAGGUAUAACUACAGCCAAGGAAACUUGAAAUGUUAAAUGUUUUGGGAGUAUCCAGAGAGGGAGAGAAUUGUGCUGACAGUUCAUCCCAAAAUCAUUUACAUAUUUUUCCUCUUACCUGUAGUGCUAUUUAUCAGUCUAGAUUGUGUUGGUGUGAGUUGCAGUGUUGGAGAUAUCAGCCAUAGAGAUGUCUGUCUUCUCCCCAGUAUAAUGGAA